AUGACAUACUCAAUCACCGCUGCAUCGAAGGGCAGUGUGAUCCUGCCAUCACAUGUAAACCCAAACUCCUCCUGGGGCAUCCUUAGCAGCUCGCCGAAGAUUGUCUUGUUGAGGCAAGUCAGGGAGAACUUAAGCCUCCUGGCAUUGGCCAUGUACACAGCGCAGUGGCCUUUAUCUGUGCCCUGUGGUGUUGUGCAGCCUGCUUCGUUGUCGCUGGAUGUUGUCCUGACCCUUUGCCACUUCCUCACAAACUGA